GCUUUUUUUUUUGCAGCUUAGUUUGAAUGUACAUUUCAAACUGCUAUUUCAACGCCCCUAGAGUAUGUAGCAAGAGGACUUCCUCUCUUGCAACAUAUCGGAUCUGUGGCAAUCUUCGUAAUCUACCAUUGACAAAUGGUGGUAUUGAGAGACAGUAUUGGGUGGACAGGGCUUGGACCCAAAGCUGUUAAAAAGAUGCAUCUUCCAGGAUUAGGAGAUAUACCUACAGAUGGAAGAUAAAGCAUAAAAUGUGUAGAGCUACAGCAGUUAUGACAUACAGCUUCUUAGAAAUUGUUUUGAAGUACACCACAACAUUUUUUUGUUCAACCUAAGUGGUUUGUUUUUUAUAUAAAUUGUUUGGCUGAUCUUAAUUUUUGUUUUUUACGAGAGCUUUCUCUGUUUUUUCUUUUUUUUACGGACAUCUCAACUUCAAGAGCGAGUUUAAACUCUGGAUUUCAGUGCUCUACAGAAACUCAGAAUGGGCAACGCAGCCGGGAGUAUGGAAGUUUCCUCCCAGGGUAAGGAGGUAAAAACCCCACCACCUGCAAUAGUGGCUACUCCGCCACAGAAGCAGCCAGCACCCCCUAAACUGCCCAUGCCUGCUGUGGGUGAGCUGGAGGAGAGGUUCAACAUUGUCUUGAAUUCAAUGAAUUUGCCUCCAGACAAAAUGCAACUCCUCAGCCAGUAUGACAAUGAGAAGAAAUGGGAGCUGGUUUGUGAUCAGGAGCGCUUUCAGGUGAAGAACCCCCCUUCUGCCUACAUCUACAAACUGAAGAGCUACCUGGACCAGGGGGUGCUGGGCCGCAAGUUUAAAACACGAGCGCAGGAAUCAACACAGGUUCUUAGAGAGCUGGAGAUCUCCCUUCGAACUAACCACAUUGGGUGGGCUCAGGAGUUCCUCAAUGAAGAGAACAGAGGCCUCGAUGUGCUGGUGGACUACCUGUCCUUCGCUCAGUGCUCUGUCACGUAUGACAUUGAGAGUGUGGAUAACGGCAGCCUGACUCCUGAAAAGGGGAAGCCGCUGGACAGAUCAGUUGAAGACCUGAGCAAGAGAGCCGGCAAUUCCCCCACCCACAGCUCGUCCAAAUCCACCCGGCUCCUCACUGUCAGGAUUAACUCAAUGCACAACAGGAAGGCCCUGCGCAACUCUCGCAUUGUCAGCCAAAAGGAUGACGUCCACGUCUGCAUCAUGUGCCUGCGUGCCAUCAUGAACUACCAGUCAGGGUUUACCCUGGUGAUGACCCACCCACGCUGUGUGAAUGAGAUUACGCUGAGCCUCAACAACAGGAACGCCAGGACAAAAGCACUGGUGCUGGAGCUCCUUGCGGCGGUGUGUCUGGUGCGAGGAGGACACGACAUUAUUCUGUCUGCCUUCGAUAACCUCAAGGAGGUGUGUGGUGAGAAGAACCGAUUCGAGAAGCUGAUGGAGUACUUUCGUAAUGAGGACAGCAACAUCGACUUUAUGGUGGCCUGCAUGCAGUUCAUCAACAUCGUGGUCCAUUCUGUGGAAAACAUGAACUUCCGGGUGCAUCUACAGUACCAGUUCAGUCAGCACGGGCUGGAUGAGUACCUGGAGAAGCUGAAGCACACAGAGAGUGACAAGCUGCUGGUGCAGAUCCAGGCAUACCUGGACAAUGUGUUUGAUGUGGGGGCGCUGCUGGAGGAUGCGGAGACCAAGAAUGCCCUGCUGGAGCACAUGGAGGAGCUGCAGGACUUCAAUACACAGCUGUCAGAGAAGCUGCAGGACAGUGAGAGUGUGUCAAUGGAGAAGAUGGCAGAGCUGGAGAAGCAGCUGAUCCAGGCCAUGAAGGAGGUGGAGGUGCUGAGGGAGAGUUUGCGGGAGUCUGCGGCGCAGGUGAGCAUGCUGAAGCAGCAGGAGGUGGACAGGGAGCGGGUGAAGCAGGACUCUUCAGAGCUGAAGCAGAGACUGGCAGAGCUGCAGGACCAGGGCCUCCUCCGCAUGAGCAGUAGCACACAGGGAGAGCUGGCCAUUGAGGUCAUCCCCAUCACCAUCAUCCAAGCGCCCCCUGCAGCACACACAGGUCCACCACUCGAGCCAGCUUCACAGGCUGUAUCAGAGGAAUUCAGCAGCCCUCUGGUGCCUACCUCAGCUCCUCCUCCUCCUCCCCCUCCCCCUCCUCCUCCCCCCCCACUAGCUGGAGACCAUUCCACACAACCUCCCCACGUAGCUCCCACCUCAUCCACAUCAGUGCCCCUCCCACCUCCUCCACCUCCUCCACCCCUGCCUGGCUCAGAGGAGACCCCUUCCCAUCAAACACCACCCCUGGCCCCUCCCCCACCUCCUCCUCUCCCAGGUCCACCAAUGGCCCCUCCUCUGGGUGGAGCUAGCACUCCUGCCCCUCCCCCUCCCCCACCUCUAGGUGGAGCCAAUGGACCGGCCCCUCCCCCUCCUCCUCCAGGUGGAUUUUUGAGUGGCAGCACAGAUUCACAAUCUGCUUCAGCGCUGUGCUUGAGAGUUGAGCCUGGGGUCUCUGCUCAGACUGAGACCAGCACAGACCCUGACCACACAGAGCACUGCCAAGUGAAGUCUAAGAAGCCCAUCAAGACCAAGUCCCGCAUGCCGCUGUUGAACUGGGUGGCUCUGAAACCCAACCAAGUAACAGGAACCAUCUUCAAUGAGAUUGAUGAUGAGCACAUCUUAGGGGAGCUGAACAUGGAUGCGUUUGAGGAGGAGUUCAAGACAAAGGCUCAGGGCCCCUCUCUUAACAUCAGCACCAUCAAGGUCAAGGCUGUCCAGAAGGCACCCAGCAAAGUGACGCUCAUUGAAUCCAACCGGGCCAAGAACUUGGCCAUAACGCUUCGCAAGGCCGGGCUCAACGUGCCAGAGAUCUGCACUGCCAUUGAAACGUUCAACAUGCAGUGUCUUAGCCUGGAUUUCCUGGAGCUGCUGGCUCGCUUCAUCCCCACGGAGUAUGAGCAGAAGCUGAUCAGUAAGUACGAGCGGGACAGGAAGCCCCUGGACGAGCUCUCUGAGGAGGACCAGUUCAUGGUGCGGUUCAGCAAGAUCCCCCGACUCUCUGAGCACAUCAACAUCCUCACCUUCAUGGGCAACUUCAGCGACACGGUGCAGCUGCUCAAACCUCACCUCAAUGCUAUUAUUGCUGCAUCUAUGUCCAUCAAAUCUUCUGCCAAACUAAAAAAAAUCCUUGAGAUUAUCCUGGCUUUCGGCAACUACAUGAACAGCAGCAAGAGAGGGGCAGCAUAUGGCUUCCGGUUACAGAGUCUCGACCUGCUGCUGGAUACAAAGUCAACGGACCGCAAGCAGACGUUGUUGCACUUCAUCGUGAACAUCAUCCAGGAGAAGUACCCAGAGCUGAGCAGCUUCCACACAGAGCUGCACUUUGUGGACAAGGCGGCAGCAGUGUCCCUGGAUAGUGUAAUGCAGGAUGUUCGCUCCCUGCAGCGUGGGAUGGAGUUAACCCGGAAGGAGUUCAUGGUACAGGAUGACAAUGUUGUGCUGAAGGAGUUCUUGAAGAAAAACAGCAAGGUCCUGGACACACUGCAGGCAGACAGCAAAACUGGCCAGGAGGCAUACGAGUCUUUAGUGGAAUAUUUUGGGGAGAAUCCCAAAACAACUCCGCCCUCAGUUUUUUUCCCUGUGAUUGUACGAUUCAUUAAGGCUUACAAGCAAGCAGAACAGGAUAUCGAGCUGCGAAAGAAGCAGGAAGCCCUGCCCAGUGAAGGAGGCGAGGUUCCCCCCACCGCUGACAAGAAGGAAGAGUCCACACAGAAGCCUCCCAAGGUGAAGCUCCAGCAGAUGGACCUGAUUGCAGAGCUCAAGAAGCGGCAGGUGAAGGAGCCCCUGAUGAGAGAGGGGAAGGACGGGGCCAUCGAGGACAUCAUCACUGAUUUGAGGAAUCAACCAUACAGGCGCGCUGAUGCAGGCCGUCGCAGUGUGAAAAAGCCAUUGAACGGACAGCAGCUUCAAGUCUCUUCAGAUAUCUCCUUAUAACUGCACCCCAGUGCAGACUGGGAGACAUGGCCAUCCCACCAGACCCAGCUCUUACCCCGAGAGACAGAGAGAGAGAGAGAGAGACAGAGAGAG